UGCCCACGCCUGCCCAGCUCAGUGGGUAUGGGCAAUUUCCCCCAAAACGUAGGGGAGGCCUUGGUACAGCAAUGAACGUUUUAAGCUGAGCAAGUUCCAAUUGGUUGACUUAAAUAUGUCGGAAGUUGAGAUAACAUGAAAUGUAAGAAAACAUGCCUGUAGUUCUGUGCCUACGUCCAGCGACUGGUGUUGCGUAGUUUCGCGACUGAACUGGGUGAGGAGGGGCGCGCGGGGAGGACUAGUCUGUCAACACAGCACUGCUGUCACAGCACCGUGUAUAAUAUAAUGAACACCUGACAAAAUAAUUAAUGUUUAAUGUGACGACAAAAAUACGUUGAGUAUGUAAAUCCAUGCGAUGGAACAAUGAUUUAGCGAGACAAGAUCGUCAGCGCGGACGAGCAGGACGCGGCGAUGAACUCGCUGGUGACGCUGGUGCUGGCGGCCACGGUGAGUGCAUCCCGGCGAGCGCCCUGACGGGUGCAGCUCCCGGCGAGCUCGCACCCAGCGCCGCUCCGGCGGUGUCUGCAGGCUUCAUUGUGAUCCAUACGUUUGCGUUGCAGGUCAGUGGCGCGCUGUGCGGCGCAGACCCUCAAACUGUUGAGUUUAAGCUCGGCGGAUACAAGAUACAAGUGCCUCUGAACCGCGCCCUCCACGUGCCGCGCGUGAGGAGCGCGGAGCCGCACUCGCCCGUGCCGCUGCUGGCCGAGCUGCUGGCGUCGGCGGCGCACUCGGCCACCGCGGCCCCCGACCACUCACAGCACCCCAAGCUCCAUCCUUCUCAUAACUCGCUUCCUAAACCUAGUUCACCAAACCAACAUGAUCCAAUACAAGAACUGUUUUAUUACCACCCUGAGCGACUAGCUCAAAGAUAUACCUCAAAGCAGCACGAUUACCCUUCCGCCCCUCAGAAUAACUUGCCAGUAUCACAACUUCAUUCCACAGGACUUCACUCGGCCACACAGCUUUCUCACAAUUUUUAUGAUUCAAGAUUGCUGGAAAAUGAUGUCCUACGUUCUUCUGAUCCACUGUAUGUAAUGGUACAUCAUGAAAAUAAAUAUCCAAACUAUCCAGAGCAUCACCCCCUGACCCAUAAAAAUUUAAAAACGGACGAAAACUACAAACCGCAUAAGCAUUCAUAUUCUCUAAAUGUGGAAGCGGCGCACGCGGCUACCGCAGCAAGCCUCGCUCCGGUGCCGCCGCCGCACCAGCCGCCGCGCCAGCCGCUCGACACCGUGCUGAGCGUGUCGGCGGACCCAAUGACGACAAAUAGAAUUUCAUCUUCAAACAACUCCGGAGAUACUACGUCGAGUGCAGCACUCACAGCUACCGAGGCUUCAGAUGACACCACGUCGAGUGCCGCACUCACAGUUACCGACGCUUCAGAUGACACCACGUCCAGUGCCGCACUCACAGUUACCGACGCUUCAGAUGACACCACGUCCAGUGCCGCACUCACAGCUACCGAGGCUUCAGAUGACAACACGUCGAGUGCAGCACUCACAGCUACCGAGGCUUCAGAUGAGACUACGUCGAGUGCCGCACUCACAGCUACCGAGGCUUCAGAUGACACCACGUCGAGUGCCGCACUCACAGCUACCGAGGCUUCAGAUGAGACUACGUCGAGUGCCGCACUCACAGCUACCGAAGCUUCAGAUGACACCACGUCGAGUGCAGCACUCACAGCUACCGACGCUUCAGAUGACACCACGUCGAGUGCAGCACUCACAGCUACCGAGGCUUCAGAUGAGACUACGUCGAGUGCCGCACUCACAGCUACCGAAGCUUCAGAUGACACCACGUCGAGUGCCGCACUCACAGUUACCGACGCUUCAGAUGACACCACGUCCAGUGCCGCACUCACAGUUACCGACGCUUCAGAUGACACCACGUCCAGUGCCGCACUCACAGCUACCGAGGCUUCAGAUGAGACUACGUCGAAUGCCGCACUCACAGCUACCGAGGCUUCAGAUGAGACUACGUCGAGUGCCGCACUCACAGCUACCGAAGCUUCAGAUGACACCACGUCGAGUGCCGCACUCACAGUUACCGACGCUUCAGAUGACACCACGUCGAGUGCCGCACUCACAGCUACCGAGGCUUCAGAUGACACCACGUCGAGUGCCGCACUCACAGCUACCGAGGCUUCAGAUGACAACACGUCGAGUGCCGCACUCACAGCUACCGACGCUUCAGAUGACACCACGUCGAGUGCCGCACUCACAGCUACCGAGGCUUCAGAUGAGACUACGUCGAGUGCCGCACUCACAGCUACCGAGGCUUCAGAUGACACCACGUCGAGUGCCGCACUCACAGCUACCGAGGCUUCAGAUGAGACUACGUCGAGUGCCGCACUCACAGCUACCGAGGCUUCAGAUGAGACUACGUCGAGUGCCGCACUCACAGCUACCGAGGCUUCAGAUGAGACUACGUCGAGUGCCGCACUCACAGCUACCGAAGCUUCAGAUGACACCACGUCGAGUGCAGUACUCACAGCUACCGAGGCUUCAGAUGAGACUACGUCGAGUGCCCCACUCACAGCUACCGAGGCUUCAGAUGAGACUACGUCGAGUGCCGCACUCACAACUACCGAAGCUUCAGAUGACACCACAUCGAGUGCCGCACUCACAGCUACCGAGGCUUCAGAUGACACUACGUCGAGUACCGCACUCACCACUACAGACGCAUUAAAUGACACUGCCCUAACCACCACAAACGCACUAUUGGCAUUAUUAUCCCCCACAAUACUUCUUUCUCCAGACACCCGUCAAACGCCAGUUCAGAUUGGAACUCAAAUUCAGUCAGCAACAACAGACGAAGAGGAAACAGCAUCUCAACCUCCGAACAUAACCAAGUCAUCACAAGUUGUUGCAAGACCGGGCAAACUUACGGAUGAAAUUGUUCCCGCUGGCGAUUUGACAGAGUCGAGUGUGAGGCGCGCCACGCGCCGCCCGAGGCUGCACUCCUCGAGUCACAGGCGGCGCCCUCGCCGCCCUCGCUGUAGGCCGAGUCAAUCUCGUUCUAAAGGAAAAAUUAAUCACAGGAGGAAGAUGGCUGGCCUACAUCGCCAGCACAAUACGGACAUACAGCGCCAAUGAGUUCACACUCGUCCGCCACGCGUCCACCACGCAUCAGCAACGCCUCACUCUACACAAGAGACACCAGUGAAAUUGAACAAUAAAAACAUUGUGCUGAA